GAAGCGAGUUUUGAGUGACGUCAUGUUGGCGCGCGCGUGCGCAUUUUACACAUUUGAAUGUUUUGUGAUAUUUAAGAUAAUUUAAUUUUUUUUAAAAUGAUGUUUGAAAAUGGUUCUUUGAAACGAAAAAGCUGCGAAUUAGAGCCAGGAGAGGUCGAAAAUGAGUCGGAUGAACCGAAACUGAAACUCCUUUGUGUUGAAACUGACGUUGAAGCCCCUAACCUAGAAAGCACAAGCCAAAACGCCUCCUCCGAAACAAGCAAAGAGCCUGGGCUGGAAAUAGCCAACGAAGAACCAACAUCAGAAACAUUCAUUGAACAAAAAUCGGACACUACAGUCGUGGUGGAAGAAACCCCACCAACACCCAAUGAAGAGUCUAAAUCAGAAACACUCAUUGAAGAGUCUAAAUCAGAAACACUCAUUGAAGAGUCUAAAUCGGAAACGGUAAUUGUUGAGGAAACGGUGCUGUGCCCGACCGUGGGCACUGAGGAAGCUAAGACAGAAACACCCGUUGAGGAAAAAUCCGAAGCAAUAACUGUGGAGGAAAGCAUACUGAGCCCGUGCAUUAGCAUCACUUUUCACACCGACGUUGCUGCAGAUUUGUACAAAACCAGAUUUUUAGAAUUUAUAAGCACAUUUCCUGAGUUACAAGCACGGCUUGAAAAUGAUCUCUUCUUUGAGGUUUACCGAAGUGAGAAUAUUCCAAGUAGUGUGACCGACACUUUGAAAAAACGAAAAAAACAUUCAAAAGUGAAGAAAGAGCUGUUCGUGGUCGACGCCAAGCCUUCGCCAAACGCAGACGGGACGCAUUUGCGGUACACGACCAAGUUUGUAAUAAACACGGAGGAAACAGUUGAGGAUGACACAAAGCCGGCGAAAAGCGUGAUGUCAUGUUUCAACUGCGGAGAUGCUCACAGUCUGAAAGACUGUCCGCGCCCGCGAGACCAUGCCAAAAUAAACGCAGCCAAGCAAAAAAAAUUCCCAACCUUGGGUCGGUACCAUUCAGAUGAUGGGCAAAGGUUUGCCCAUUUAGUGCCUGGGAAAAUUUCAAGCGAGUUGAGACGAGCGUUGGGGCUCUACAGGGAUGAGGCCCCCCAUUACGUUUACCUAAUGCGGAGCAUGGGGUACCCCCCUGGUUGGCUGGAGGAGGCCAAAAUUGAACAUUCCAACCUUGACAUGUUUGAUAUUGACGGGAAAAAUGUGCGAGGCAAAGCGAGAAAGCGCGGUUUGGAUGAAACCAAAAUCAUUGACUACCCCGGUUUUAAUGUCCCCUUUGAGAAUGGAAUUGUUGAUGAUUAUCACAAGUAUGGAGUGGCUCCAUACUCUGAUGUUUUCAACAAAAAGGCAAUGAUUGAUGUUUACAAUAAACUGUACGUGCAACAAGAAGACGACUUGGAGGCUUGUGACAUGGAUUUGGACCAAAGUUUUGAGGAAGAUCCGAAAAUAAUGUCACAGCCUGAAAGAAAUUCGCCAUCAUUGGUUGAUUUAGAGCAACAAAAGCAGCAAUUGCUGGAGGAAUUGAAUGAUGAACCUAAGGAUGUGGAAAAGUCUGACUUAGAUAAGGAAUUUUUAGCUGUCAAAGAAAGUUGCUUCGGGACUCCCAUACUUAAAAGUGGUUCGCCUUAUUCAACACUUCCUGAUCCUGAUAAAUUUUCUAAAGACGUAAGUCCCGUAAUCAAUUUUGAAAAUUUACCAAAUUCGACUGGAAAAUAUGAGCAACUAUCGGAUGUUUUACAAAAAGUUAGGGACACUUUAAAAAAGAAGCAGAACACGUAACAAUGCAGUACAAAAUGUUUUGUAUAUAAAAUUAUAUUGAAUAAAUGUGACUUUUACAGUGUGUGCAUGUGGCCAUGAUAGACGUGUUUAACCUAAGUAUAUUGUUUCUAUGAUAGUUUAAAUACAAAUAAAGAUUUUUACCUCGA